CUGUAAAUACUGUCAAUCGAUGGAAUUUUCCGUGAGGGACUUGGGCUGAGGGGGGAGGUAGCAGAGAAAGAACGCCUGGCUGUCAUUUGGAAUGAGUUGAGAGAGAGGUUGCGCUGCGCUGCUCAUACAAGAUCCAAUUGGAAUAUACUACGAGCCUCUCUGCGAAGAAGUUAACGGGGAAACUCAGCUGUCACAUCAACACUGCAUGGUUUAUGAAAAGUUUAAAACUGGAGCAUGAAGAACAUACCUACAAUUAUGUUAAUUUUCCCGGCUUUGGAACUACUAGUGGUUUUAUGUCCUGGUGUAUUUGAAGCAGUACCUUUUGGUAAUGCAAGCACUCCUGCUGGCACGGAAUACAAUGCUGCUGUUACGAGCCUCGUGGAUAUGUUAAAUAUUAAUGCAACAAUUGACAACAGUUUACCAGAAGGGGGGCUAAACCUUCCCAAAACAGUAGCCCCCACGCCGGUUUCUACUUCUGCAACUACCACAGCUCAACCAACAAGGGUAGACCUGGCAACAACAACAACAACGACAGCAACUGGAGCCUCACAGACACCCCCGCCACCACCAAGAACGAUAAAAACAAAAACUGAAACUACUGCAACACAAACCACAACAGCAACGAACAUGGUAGAAGCAACUUCCAGCAUCAGCAAAGAAAUAUCUACAACAAUACUUAGCACUGCUCAAACAGUUUCUGCUACAACCUUAAUGACAACUGCGUCCACCACCGCUGUGAUGGCUUUCAACAGAACGGGUACACCACCUGCCACUGACUUUACCGUGCAGCCAAGCAGUCAAGACUACAUGUGUAACUGCAGCAGCACGGGGAGCCCCAGCAUGGAUCAGUGUAAUGAGACAACGGGUCAGUGUGAGUGUUACCCUGGCUACACCGGCCUGCAGUGCACGGACUGCGAGGAGGGCUAUUUCACAAAUGGAACCGGAGAGGUAUGCAUGCCAUGUGGAUGUGAUACUACAGGAGCACUCCAUUCACUUUGUGACAGCUCUGGUAUUUGCACAUGCAAAAAGGGGGUUUACGGUUCCAAGUGUGAUGAGUGCCAGCCUGGCUAUUUCCGAUUCAGUGACACUGGAUGUCAACCAUGUCAAUGCAACAACCACUCAAGUUCCUGUCUGCCGCAGUCAGGCACCUGUCUGAACUGCCAAGGCAGCACAGAAGGACCCCUCUGUGAAAAAUGCAAAUAUAAUUUCUACAGGCCCAGUGCUGCCCUUACAGACAGCUGUGAGCCCUGCCCCUGUUCCACGGUGAUGUCCACAGGCAGCUGUCACAUUGACACCAAUGGACAGCCUGUAUGCGACCAGUGCCAGCUUCAGUACAAAGGACCUCACUGUGACAAGUGCAAGGAUGGGUAUUACAGCUCCGACAGCAUCUGCAUACUGUGUGAGUGCAAUGGGAAUGUGGACCCCAGGACAUCACCACGCGUCUGCGACCCUGACACAGGCCAGUGCCUGAACUGUUUCAAUAACACUGCUGGCGAGCACUGUGAGAAAUGCGCGGAGGGAUACGUCGGAGAGGACUGCAGUGAACUCUUAAUUCCAACCACUGUUCCUCCGACAACACAAACCCCCACAACACUGUCAACCACCACCAUGUCAACCGUGACGACUACCAACCUCACCAUGCUGCUGACCACCCCCACCACCCAUGCCGUCCUGCCCACUCUGCCCAGUGCCAGUGAGAACAUCACCACAACCGCCACUGUCAGUGAGGUGUCCUGGACCCAGUUCAACAUCAUCAUCCUGGCGGUCAUCAUUGUGCUGGUGGUAGUGCUCAUGGGCUUUGUGGGGGGCGUCUACAUGUACCGCGAAUACCAGAACCGCAAACUUAACGCCCCCUUCUGGACCAUCGAGCUCAAAGAGGACAACAUCAGCUUCAGCAGCUACCACGACAGCAUCCCCAAUGCAGAUGUAUCAGGUUUGCUAGAGGACGAAGGGAAUGAAGUGGCACCAAAUGGACAACUAUCCUUGAGUACUCCUAUAAACAUGUAUAAUGCUUAAACCCCAUUCAAAAAAGACUUUAUGAAAAUAGACCAGCAUUGUUUUUUUAAUGUUCGAUUAUAACCGGGACUGGACAUCUUGUGUAAGAGAUGAAAUAUGUUUCGUGAAGACUACAAGGGAGCUGACGUGUUAGGAAGAACUCCCUAAAAUGGAUUGACACAGAGACAUGUUCUCUAGUAGCACUGAACGGGAAGGUACUUGGAAACUGUGGUGCAAAGUGGGAUUUACCUCACCUUCAUAAAACUGGAUAUAACGCAGAAGAUCAGGUCUCCUGUGUAUCACCACAAAAUAUUAUAACCAGUGGCCCUCAAAAAUAAGUGACUGAAUUCACUAUAAAAUUGCCCAGGCAAUAUUGGAACCCUUGUUUUCCAAGGGAACGCAUAAGGCAGAGAUGCAGUUGGUCAGACAACUGUUAAAGCAGCCUUACGUUUGCAAGUAAAAAAAAAAAAAAAAAAACUUGGUGGAUAACUGCUUAAAAAAAUAUUUUUUGUGCAGAUGUUGACCACAGACAGCUGCUGGUAUAAAAACCAAGCACUGCACAAAGAUGUUAUACAAAAAUUAAAAAAUGACUAAUGAAUAUUAUUUAAUUAAUGGGGAACCUGUAUGAACCUACAAUAAGGGCAAUGGCAAUAAAGAGUUUCAGAAAAACAAAUCAAUGACAUAUAAUUGAUACAGCGUGUACUGCAUAUUGGGACUGUCUUAACCAUGUCAUUGCUUUUGUGUUUUAAGAAAGGCAUAAUGUGUACAGAAGAGGGCAGUAUUGCUAAGGGCUGGGACCAUUAUUAUGUGGUGUUCUGUAUCCUUCUGUUGAUAUACAUACUAAAUGUCAUGAAGGAGGGAUGAACUGCAGUCAGCUGGGUAGCUCAGUGUGAUAGAAGUUGCACAGAGAGUAAGAGACUUGGAUUCAUAUCCAGAAUCUGAAAUAUGUUUAUGCUACUGUUUCUGAUAACAUAUGCACAGACUGUGUACAUAAUCUAGAAUAUUUUCCCCAAAUCAGAGUUUUCCAAAGCGUCUUAAUCUAUUACUUUGCUUGGGAACAUUUGUUUGUUGCUUGCUGUCUUAGCAGAUAAAACAUUUAACAGAACUGAAGCCUGUUAACUGUUUGAUCCAUUCCCAGAGAGGUAAACUGCAUGUGUAACUAUGUCCUUGUAUGAUACCAAGUGUUCUAAGGUGGAAAGACCCUAUAAAACAUUGUGUAGUACAAUCUUCCUUUUUAGCAUUAUAGUGUAGAGAGCUUCUAUUGGAAACAUGACAUCGUCUACCCUUCACCAGACCCCCUUAUGACUGUAUUCCGUUAUUAUUAUUAUUAGUUUAUCCAAGGCGACUUACAGAGACUAGGAUGUGUGAACUAUGCAUCAGCUGCAGAGUCACUUACAAUUACGUCUCACCCUAAAGACAGCACAAGGAGGUUAAGUGAAUUGCUCAGUGGCUGAGGUGGGAUUUGAACCGGGGACCUCCUGGUUACAAGCCCUUUUCUUUAACCACUGGACUACACAGCCUCAUUGGAGUGAUUACAAAUGUAUUUAACUGAGGGAGCUACAGAUGUUUUUAUAAAACUCGGAGCAUGUUUGGAAAAUUGGCCCUUAAGACAUCAACAACUUUUGAGAGAAUCCAGCUUCUAGGAAACAGACACUCACUGAUGAGCCAAAUGCCCUCCUCUUGUUCGAAAUGCUUCUUAUGUUCAUUUUUACAGAAUCAAGGUUUUAAAUCACAAUAUGCUUGAAUUUCCAGCCCUCCCUCGCUAGGAGAGAGGACUGAAUGUAUUGAAUAAAUACUAGUCAAACAUACCCAGCUGUUGCAAUACAUUUCAAAUGCAUUAACUGAGGUGCACUUUAUUGUAAAACGAAAAAAAAACAUUACAAAAAUGGACAGCUUCAUUAAGUGUUGGUGGGCCCUCCAUUGGCGUUGAUCACUACAGUAUACCUCAAUAAAAAUGUAUAUUUUGACCAUACAACACAGAUUGUUUAUGAAUAACAAACAUGCUCCCUGAGAAGCAAACAAAAAGCUGUAUUGAAACCCAACAAAUUAGCAUAGAGGUACAUUGUAUCCGUCUGUGUCAGACAGUUACAUUGAGCGUGCUUCAUUUAUCCCCCUUUUUUGAUAAAGCAUUAGGACAUUUUAAAAAGAAAUGUAUUUAUGGAUAUAAUUUAGUUCCACUAGGGUUUAAUUUAACCUGGAAGCCGGCACAGCACUAGUUGUUCUACAGUGCUUUGCAUAAUUUAAGAUCUAAAACAUAAAAGAGAAAAACACAUAUAAUAAUAAUAAUAAUAAUAAUAGUCUUUAUUUUGUAUAGCGCCUAAAUGCAGUCAUCUGAAAGCACUGAACAAUUUAGAACAAUAACACUAAAAACAACAAAACUAAAUACAACAGAUGCACAAGCAUGUAGUUAAAAAUAGCACAGAUUAUAAAAUAAAACAUUGCACAAUGACAUAAACCUAACCAUGAUGAAAUGCCUGGACAUAGAGAUGCAUUUUUAGUUGUUUUUUAAACGCUUCAGCAGUAUUAGCGUCCUUGAUCACCUGCGGAAGAUUAUUCCAAAGUCCAGGCGCAUAACAGCAACAAGCCCCGUCAUCCAUAGAACGAAGCUUAACCUUUGGAAUCCUUAACAGACCCGAAUUCACAGAGCGAAGGUUACGUGUGGGAAUGUACCUCGUUAACAAAUCAUAUGUUACACUGAGAGUAUGUUUCAUUAUGACUGUGGUGGUGCUCCAUGUCAAUUUUCAGAAAUAUCACCGUUAUAACAUGACCUGAUUAGCAGUUGUUUUACAAGAAACAUAACAUUAUUGUAACUGAGUUAAUCAUCAACCAGUCAUUCUAGUAAUGAAAGGAUUACAGUACUGUAAAAAAAAGUGGUUAUGUCAGCAUGUCCUGUCCUGUGUGUUACUUACUGGUACCACAAUAUCUAAAACCAUGUUAAAGGUAUACAUUGUAUCAUACAUACCAGAUAUGGGAGACCUUUGACAUUAGUUCCACAACAUACUCUUGGCGUUGGCGUUUGAAAAUUACUAUUUCACAGAAAGGAAAGAGAAGAUUUGAUAGACUAAGCAGAUAAUAUAUUUUCUCAUUGAAUUAAUUACUUUAUUCAAAGUGUGUUUCCAUAACCCUCAUACUGAACAUUGAUGUAGUAUUGGUAGAUAACCCAAUCUAUAGUAUUUUAGGACUGAUAUUUAAAAUUCAUAGAUAAUCUGAUUUUGUAGGUGCAGCAUUUUCUUUGGACUAAAUUUCUAGGUAUGAGUUCUGAAAACUGAAUAAACUGCAUAAUAUAAUGCACCAACUUUUUCUUCAAAUUCUCAACCCAGUUUUCUCCAUUGUGCAAAUUGUUGCUUGCGCUAAAGACAGAGCCAAUCCACUGCCAGGGACGUUUGUUUUUGGUACUUGGCAGUUGAGUGGCGUGGGAGCGGAGGUGGAGUAUCAACGCUUGCACACAGCGACCGUCUGUUUUCUAUUGUUUCACAACUCUAUUAUAAGUGGUGUUUUUUUUUCUUACUGGAAAGCAGUGUUACCAAAUCUGCGUAUUAUAAGCUGAGGUUUUUGGAAUUGUUUUCAGAAUGGUCACUUAUUUUUGGGUUUCAUUUAGAAUGUAAUAGAAAUCACCCCUGGUAAGUAAAUGAUGAUAUCCAUUUGGUCCUGCGUUUUUCUGUAUAUAUGGUAAGAUCGACUGGUGAAUAGCAAAUCACUGCAUUUGAUUUAUUUUGCCCAAGCUCAUUGCUGCUUUCUCGUCCCACUUGGGACUGCCAUUUCUCCUACACAUUGAAUGCUUAGUAGAGUUUGUGUUGUGUAGUUGGUUGUAAAGUAUCAGGCUAUUUUAGUUUCUAAUAUGCCAAAUAUGUGGGUUAAAUACGGCAAAACGUACUGUAAAGAGUGGGAGCAACAGAAUAACCUAUUAGAUUAAACCAAUGGUAGGAGACAUCAGCCAGUCACAUGUAGGUACUGUAAAUUUGAAAUACGUGCACAUCAGCACAGAUAAACACAAGAAAAAUGCACAUCCGUUGUCAUCCAUGCACCUUACAGAUAUUGGAUUUACUGUGUCUAAAUCUUGUGCAACCAUGCGUCAAACAGAGCUUAAACUGGCCUGUUACGUUGCUUGCCACACAGAAGUUAGUUCUGUUGAUCACCGGGGAGAGCUUGUUGGAUCAGGUUUUGAGAAAGAAGUGAACCUGCAUUGUACACAGUGUAUGGCAUUGAUAAACAACGCUAUUGCACCCUGCACGUCCGCCGUUUUUAGUGUUGCUUUGGCAGGGGCAAACCUUGAUAAUGCACAGGAAACAAAUCUAGAAGCAACUAAACAAGUACAAUUAAGGCUUCCAGCAAAUAUUAGUCUGUGAAAAUCCAUGUCGGCAUUUAGUCCACCAGUUAUUCUCUCACAGGCCAAACCUUCUCUUGUGUCUGUCUCCAUGCUGAGGAUAGUUAAAGAGACUUGGGCAUCAUGGAUGCUCACUAUCAAGCCAUCAACUUCCAGCAGUGGAAGACCAAGGAUGACAAAAAUGCAUCAGAGUCCUGGGUAAAGGUUUACGACUGACCGAUGCUAAUGGUGAAUAGUGCUGAACAGUGUUGUUUGCAGUCUCCCUACUGGCCAUGCCUCUGGCAAUGCUGAUGUGCAACAAAUGUUCCCUCAGAUAAACAUAAUGAAGUCCAACCACAAGGACCAUUGUGGGUAAGGAGUCUCUGACCUGCAUACUGAAAGUCUGUUAUGCUACAGCAACAUGCUACAGCGUUUCAAAGUGAACAUGUACCACAGUGAGGCAGCAGAAGCAUCGGGGCCUAAAGAUAGUGAGGACAACCAGGGUUUCUAGUUUUUCAUGCUUUACAGGUAAGAAAUAGUUUCGUAUUGGUUUGAAAAAGGUGCAAUAUUUAGUUAAAGUUUAUAUAUAGCUAGCAAUAAUAAACUAGCGACCUAUUUACUUUCAAUAUGGCAUCACUGUAAUAUAUGUUGUGUUGUAGCAUUUUACAGUAGUUGGACAACUUAUCUUUAAGGCUUGCAGUCUGCCAUCCGAUGUGGGUUGGGCUUGUUUCAAAGGUUGACUGGGGUAUUUUUCUGGUCUGACCUGGCAACACUGCUGUGCUCGAGCCUGGAAAAAUUAUCCUGGAUUUCAUGGCAGUAUUUCGUAUCGUAAUACUUUGUAUAUGUUGUGGAAUACGUGAUUUGUAAACUUGUAACACUAGUACAGUACUUUUUCAGAUAAACAUGUUAAGAACAGUAUUAUUGUCAUUGCUUGUGCCCCAGCACCUCUUCCUUUACAAAUUAAGCACUGGCAGUACUGUAGAUACUUAUUGAAGCACAAGCAUUGCAUAAUACAUCUUGGAGUGUUCCGUGAUAUUUUAGAGUUAGUACUAAUAAGUUUUCCCUUUGUAUGGGUUAAUACACAACCCUGGAUUGUUUUGCACUUGGUAUUGAUGCUUUGGAAUGUCAUGCAAUAAACCACUUUGGAAAUGCUUAGUAAUGGCUAGGAAGCAUAGAUUCUCAGGAAAUGCCCCUAUGUAUAUAUGUAAAUAAGAAUGAAAUGGUACUAGAUGUGAUUUACAGUAUCAUUGAAUCUGAAUAUGAGAGAUGCUGCUGGAUUCACAAUUGGAAAUGGAACCAUAACUAAUAAAAUCCCAGCCCUUCCUAGUUUUACCUCCCUUUAUAAUGAUGUAAAAAGUUAAAUGAAUACCAUGAUGUACAUAUUGUGAACUAAUAUUGCAUAUAUUUAAUAAAACAGUUUUUUUUUUGUCCGUAA